CAAACUUAGAGCUGCUAGCUGGAGCAGGCUUGGGAUUUAGACAACUCUCAGCAGAUGAGUCUCUUGCAGGGUCUUUUCUGCUUUUGUUUUUCAUCCUACUUCUGAUCCAUGAGAGGAAACCAGGAUCUCUCCUGUGCGCAUGAAAGUGAUGGGUCUUGCUGGAAAGAGCUUUCUGAUGGCACAGCUGUGACCGACACCAGCACAAUAUGUUCAGUGUCGAGGACCUCCUGAUUUCUCACGGAUACAAAUUGUCGAAAAAUCCUCCUGUUUCAUAUGAGAACAGAUAUGAUGGAUAUCGGCAUGAAGUCACAGAGAAUAGAUCUGGUCAGAGAACGCUGAAUGGGUUUGAGGCAGAAUCAAGAGCCAGUGCUUACAGCAGGAGACCUCUGGCAAAAAGCAACUCGAGCAGCACCGAAAGCAGCCAUGGGAGCCAAGGGAGGCAAGCAGGUCCUGGUUACCACCAUGACCUUCAGGGUUUGUCCACUUUUCAUACUUCAGAAGGGGGGAUUGAUGACAGACCUCAAUUAACAUGGUCUUCCCAGCCCAAGACAGAUAAAGAUCUUGCCUACUGGAGAAGAAGAGGACAAGACUUUAGUGUGUUACUAGGCUACUCCCACAAAGGAGGCUCUGAAAUGAAAGGACUGGCCCCAGCCCAUGGGGCAUACAGGCAUGCUAAAGAAAGUCAGCUCAAGGUAGGAGCAGGCCCAGAGUAUGCAAGAAGAAGUGGUUUGCAGGAGAGCUGUAAAGUGCCUGGUGACUGCAAAUGGCAAAGUUUAAGAAUGGAAAGCUGGAACCAACCGAAAAAAUUAGGAAGGCAAAUGUCAGAUGGUGACAGGGAGAAACUGCUUCAAGACCUGUACUCAUUGACCCUGGGAGACAAUGUACUGAGCACCCAUAACAAAGGGAAGUCACAGUCAUUGCCAAGAGUUCUUUCACCAGAGAGCCUGAGGUGUGUGGAAAUGCCCUCUCUGAUGAACAGUAACAGCUCUCUCAGUGGAACUAAAACACCUCCUUAUCCCCCAAACAGACUAACUCUGGAAUCAAUCAAACACCAAGAAACAGGAGGCCAUUUCCUACCACUGGCAAAACCCAAGUAUGGAAGACCUCUGAAACCUCUGUCCUAUGAAUUACAGCGGCAAACCAGGACACCUGCAGAAACGAGUGGUUUUCAGGACCCCUAUCAGAAAGAUGAACCUAUUUCCUCUUUAGCCAAAGUUAAUGAGCCAAGGCAAGAUGGUUGCAUUCAAGACUCUGGUUUGGAACCCCCUGUCUAUGUACCUCCUCCAUCUUACAAAUCCCCACCUCACCAGAGUGUGACUCCACAUUCCCUCAGUGAAGUGCCUAACAGUGAUGUACAUGCCAACAGCGAUCAGCAGAAUAGUGCAGAAAGGCCUGCCACCUGCCAACGACCAGCCACAAAUGCUUUUGAAACAGUGGGUGAACCUUACAAAGACAACCAUCUUUCUCACGGAAAGCCAAGCCAUGCUAGGCGUCCUGCUGACUACCUGCAUUCUGUUCAGUAUAUUCCCUUUGAUGAUCCUCGAAUACGACAUAUUAAAAUUGCACCACCAGAAGGUCUCCAGGACAACACUAAAUACACUGAAAAUGCAUGUAGUCCCAGUUCCGGUACUUUGCAAGACAGAGAUCUUGAAGUACAGUACAACAGUGCCUUUUUGGAUGCAUCAAACUUAUCUAAUUCUGUAAAGGGAGAAAGAACUUCUGGCAGCUCCACCCAUAGUAACAGAUGGUUGGCACCAUCCAUCCGAGAUCAGGAAAAUUGUGCCUUGCCUGACCAAAGAGACAGUUGUAGCACAACUAACCACAAUCCCCAUAAUGAAGUCAGUGCAGAGUACACAAAAGACAAACUUUCUGUAAGAAAUUCACAUAUGGACAGCACCUGUGAGACUGUUACAAAAGUGAAAAAGUUUGAACCUGGAACUGGGAUGCAGAGCAAAAAGAGUUCAAAGAAAAAAAUGAAUGAAACUAUAUUUUGUUUGGUCUCCAUCCCAGUUAAAUCAGAAUCAAACCUGCCAGAUACAGAUAGGAACAACAACAUAACCCAGAGCCCUGAUAAGAAUGGGUUUGAUAACAAUGGGGCUUUGCAAGAACAAAGUCUCUUAAGUAUGUCUUCAACGGACUUGGAGUUACAAGCGCUUACAGGAAACAUGACCAAUAAAAAUGAGUUACAAAAACAAGAGCUGUGGAGACCAGAAGAGUUCAAACAAAUGAAUGACCUCAGAUUUCUUCAGCCCACAAAACACAGAGAGCUCAAAUACUCUGGCUCCUGGCCAGGUGAUCAGUACAAAGACCAGCAAACGCAGACCAGUUUCACUGAAGAACCUAAAAGCCCACAAUUUUUCCAUGGUACAAACCCUGGGCAACCCAGUAGUAAUAAAUUGCUAACUCCAAAGCUCCUAGGAUGUACAGCAUCCACGAUAGGGUCAAAACAGACAGGGUUACCUUCCGAUGAGAGAAACAGCUCACAAAGUGCUUACAGCAUGAAGGGUCAGACGUACCUCAGUCAAUCUAGCAACAGUGCAUUUUCAAGGACUGCCACCUCUAUUCUCCAGGCCCCUUUGCCAAAGGCGCAUCAGAGCCAGCCUUCUGGGCCCAGCAGGAAUGUGCCUGCCCAGGAAAGGGAAAGUAGCCUGGGUUCCAAGGGUGAUGCAGUUAAGGGUGAUGUAGUUAAGGGAGAAGCAAGCACUCUGUGCCACAGUAAAGAGCUGUUUGGCCAGUUCCUUUUGAAACCCGUAAGUCGCCGCCCCUGGGAUGCAAUAAGUGAGCUAGAAAGUUUUAACAAGGAACUGCAAGGACAGGAAGAGAGCACGAGCAGUGAAGAAGACUCAGAAAGUGCUGCAGCUUCUCCACAAGAAUGUGCCCUUACAAAGAGAAGGGCGUUCAGAAAUGAGAAAUCAAACCAGCAACCAAAACAUGGUGGGCAGUUGGAAAGCGUUGUGCCAAAGGUUCCUAUGUUUAAGUCAGGAAGAGUUAAAAGUAAGUCUGAAAGUUGGAGUAUGGGGACAGAGUAUGGUGAUCAGCAGAGCUGUGUUGGAUCACAAAGCUCUUUGCAGCCAAGAGAGAGCAGUGAAGUAGUCAGGCCAGCAGAUGGAAGUCUGAUAACAGAAAUGAGAAAAGAGGAAGCCAAGAGCAGAACAAACAAACAGAUAGUUAGUGCAGACCCUCUCAAGGGAGUUUUGCCCAGCAGCCCAAGCAGUUCAUGUCACAGUAAUCCUUUCAAUAACGCUGACUUAAAGGAGAUGACUGAAUAUCAAAAUUAUCUAGACUGUGUUAAACCAAACAAAGGCGCAACUCCCAGAAAUGACACAGUAGUAGAGAGAGGCACAAUAGUACGUUUGUCAUUAACGAAAAGGAAUCAAGGUCACUCUGAGCCAGAUUUGAGGUCAGUGGGCCUUGAUACAGCGUCAGGACCUAGUGUUAACAAUUCUGAUCAUUCUUCAAAUGUAAAUGCAGUGGAAAUCCCUCCAAAUGAGUCACUGCAGGCAAGAGCUGCAAGGAUUUUAGGCAUAGAGAUAGCAGUGGAGUCUCUCCUUCCUGACGAACGAGUUGGGCCCCGCUCAGGCACUAGCCCUGCUAAUGGUGCCCAGGACUUUGAGUCAUCAGUGGAGAGCACAGUAAGUGGCAAAGAAGGAAAAAAAGAUGGUUCUUACGAAGGGAGACGAAAGUGUGGCUGGACAGAGAGCGUGCUCUUUGUUGGAGAGGGAGGCCGAUCUUUAUAUCCUGAUGAAUGCCAGACCAGUGACCAAGAAGCCAGCGCUAAAACUGCAAUAACCAAGCGAGCUUUCGAACAACGUGCAGGUCCCAGCCAAGGCGAGGACCAAAACUUAUCUUGUAAGUCAGCUGUGUUUCAGCAUUCAGAAAAGAGAGUGAGAAGCACCUCAAAAGUGAUAGAGACACUCCAAGGCAAACUCACUUCUCCACCUAGCCGGACUGCCAUGGAUCGCUUAGUGCGAAUGAAGGAAGUUGACUCUGUGUCGCGGAUGAGACGUCUGAGCAUUAAGAGUGCAGACUCCGGAGAGGACGUGGAUGAGGAGAAGCUCUCAAGGGUGCAAGAGGAGAGGGGAAGCAAAUCGGCAAGCUCAGGGGGUGUUUCCAAGCGUGUUAUCUCUCUCAGUGAAAAUGGAUAUUUAGGUGGAAUGGACAAGAAGAAGACUGACAGAGAUUUUUGUUUAGAUACAUAUGACCCCAGCAAAGUUGAAAAGGUGUGAGAUGAAUGGCAAUGAGAACAGAGAGAUUUCUGCUCUACGAAGAAUGUUUCACCAAUUUUUGCUGGGUGCUUUUUGUUUGUUUUUGUUUUUUGAUGCUUGGAAAUUGCCUCCAUUUGUGGUGUUCAUGGUGUACUGAUGAUGCCUUUACCAAUGCCACUAGGAAUUAGCUAUUCAUAUACAAAACUGUUGCACAGACCACAGAAAAAUCUGACUUCUACAUUGGAACCAUCUGGCUUUGUAGCAUUAAGAUUUAAUGCCUACAGUUGGCCAAGAGUUUUCAUCUGAACUGUGUUUCAGUCUUCAGCGGGGAUGGUGAAAUGCAUGAAGGAAGGCUUCUGCGCUUUCUCUUUGGUGUAAAUGUAAAUGUGGAAGAUUAGUGAAAUGAUUUUUAAAAGAAUGUGAAUAUAUAAGCUAAACUUCUUAGUCUCUGAAGUCUAAACUUUGUUUAACUUACGGGAUUUUUGGCCAUAAGUAGAAAGUGCUGCUGCACUGAAUGGGGGAAAGAAUGCAAGACAAUGGUAGUAAAGAUUGAUUGUGAAAUUAUUUCUGACUUCCAAAGUUUGAAAUUACUUGGAUUAAGUACUUAUUGGCCACCUAGAAAGAAGGAAAGCAAACCCCCCCCCCCCCCCCCAGCUUCUAAAAGAUGAGGACUUUUGUAGUACUGUGUACAGAACAUGUAAUUACAAUAGCUGGCAACUAGGGUUUCAAACCAACGCAAAGUAUACCACUGGCUGUUUUGCACUCAGUAGUACCUAUUUUUGUUUUGCUGUUUAGAAAUUCUUUAUAUGACAGAAUAGUAGCUCGUUUAAAAUAGCCCGUUUUAACAAAGUAACUAUAUUUCUUGUUACAGAAUGCUAUCUAUUUUUCUAUGACGUAAACAAUUGCUAACAAGUGGCAAGUAUAAAGAAGUAUUAUUAUUAUUAUUAUUAUAUUUUAAGAAGACUUAUCCCUCUGAGUGAAGGUGACCCAAGCAGAUUUCACUUGUGUAUCUUAAUACACACUCCGUACUGCCACAUAUUCAGUCGUGUUAUCUUAUUUUGUUGUGAAAAGAGCCAUCUGUGUAUGUAUGUGUGAACUACAGGGUUAAUUUCUGUUUUUUCCCCACUCAACCCUUGGAUCGUUCUUCCUGGAGCAACUUUCUGAAACACAGCUGAGAACUGUCUGGGCUGGUGUUCCUGCCAUAGCAUUCCAAUGACUGUAAUUACCAAAAAGUGGGUAUGGAUCUUUGUCUCGGUGUCUCUCAGCAGCUCAGAUAAAAUACCUGGUUUGUUUCUUUCACUUUGUUUCUUUUUACAUAUUAUGGUUUUGGAUUAGGCCAGUAUAUAAAAACAAAUAAACCUGGGUUAAAUUCUUCCCUGAAGCCAGUUGAUGUUGCUGGGGAGGAGUUUAGGUAUUUUCUCUGACGUAUUUACAUACGUGGCUUUAAUAUAUAUUAUCUGCACACACAAAUGCAUGAAUUACAGAUUUUAUAUAAAGUCAACACAUUCUUCUGUUUGAUAUUGAGUUAGCCUCCAUAGUAUCUGUGUCUGGAAAGCCUUUAUGUCUGCUGUUGUGUGGGUUUUUGUAAGCGUUUCUGUUUGCUAACAUUCUUCUGAUGACUUAUUCAUGUACGUCACUGGUCUCUUCUACUGGCCUUUUUUGCUUUUGUAACAUCUUUUUUUGAAAAAAUUCUUUUAAAUUCCUGAAAUACUUUUUUUCCCCCUAAGUCUGUAAUUUGGAAAAACAAGGGGAAAAACCCUCAUCCUGUGCUUUGGCAGCAAGAAAUUCUUGUCUGUAACACAUGAUUCUGUUAAAUAUGGACUAUUUAAAGCUUAUUUAAAAAGAAAAUGUGGUGUAUAAUUUGUUUUAUUAAUUCUUGUGCAUGUUCCCUAGCAAUACUUGUUGACAAACUGUUCCCAUGAAUCUUGCUAUACCCACCUUUAUUUUAAAAUCCAGCUUUUUCACCAGCAUCUGCAUAGGACAUGUGGGGGUAGUAAAUGGGUACAAAACAUGUUUCCCCCCACAGGUCUCUCCACAAAGAUCCAUUUAUUAAAAUGAAUUGCUUCAAUUCUCAUCAUCCCACUUCCUAGUAAAACUGAGAUGUCUGGCAAUAUCUUGCAGGUCUUAAUUUACCCUUAAUUUCUGGAGAACUUUAAAUUGUCAUGUAUCACUAGUACUGCUACUUCAGUUCAUUUCUUUGUGGAACAACAGGGUUUUAUGCAUCUUUUUUUUUUUCUGAUGAGGAGGGGCUUAAUUGAUUUUGGAACAUGCCUGUUUCAUCAGUCAUGUAAAGUGAUUACUUUUCCAACGGAUGCAAAGAGCCAAGAUCUUAAAAAAGGAAAUGAGCAGAAUUUUUGAAGGGGAGGUUUUAUUGCCUAAGAGUGAGAAAUUAAGUUGUAGAAAGUUAGUUAGGAAGCCUUACUGUGCCGUAGUUUGUGACUGACCAGUAGAUGAAAGACUAGAGGUAGUACUGCUGUAAAAAUUUUGUAUUUGUCUAGCAACACUAGUUAUUUCUUUUCCUACUAAAGUACACACAUCUAAGAAAUACAUAAAAUAGUCUUAUGAAUAAUUGUGGCUCAGUGUUUCUACAGUACCUGUGUCAUAAUAAAGAUGUCAGGUGUCUCACUAGGCUGGUAAGUACCAUAGGUUGCCACCUUUCCAGAAGCCUUUUGACAGUUGCAAAUACCAGUCAAUGGAAAGCUCCUCUUACGCUAAAUGUGAUUUAAAAAAAAAAAAAAAAAACUAAAUGGUGACUCCAGUGCCUGUCUCAAUGGGUGCAUAAAACUAUCAUGGCAAUAGCUGUCACUGGUAACAGCAAUCACAGGGGGCUCGGGGUGAGUGGGCAUGGAGGAAGAGGAUGUGGCCGUCUGUUUCCUGUGCCGCCUCCAAUGCAGAAAUAUGACUACAGAACAGCAGUGGGUAACUGCGUGUUUAUCUUUAUUCUCGGGAGGAAAUACAGAGCUGUUUCCUCAAAAAAAUCACAUUAUUAUGAGAUGUUGUGUAGCCAGUUUGCCAUACUGCUGAAACUAGGGGAGUUCGGGUUGAAUAACAAGAUGUCAAAGUGGUUGUUGGGUAGAUGUUACUUUCACAAGCGUUCCCAGAAAUUCAUGCAAAGAACCAGUGCCUGGUUUAUAUAUUUUAAAAGUGUUUAAACAGGGAGACUCCUGUAGAGCUGGGUAGCUAAAUAAGACCUGCCAUCUCCUUCCGCAUACCCUGCUGAAAUCCAGAACGGAUAGUCAACCCUAAGGGUUAGUGAAAGUAACAGCACUUGGUGUCAGUGCUACAGUAUCAACUCUGGUGGCAGGCCAAUACGCAGUGAAUGCAAAGUUUCAGGCCCUUGUCUUCUGUCAGAGAAAGAAAAGUAGCUAGUUAGCUUCUGGGGCUACUGAGCUUUAUUCACCCAUGUUAACAAAGAAAGGCAAGUCACUUUGGAGUCCCAGUGGAGAGAUGUGAAGCAAGAAGACCCUCAGGGACUUCCCUGAGAAGAAUGUCAUUUUUGGAAGGUAAGAGUGCUCCCUCAUGUGGUUCCCCUGAGUAUAAAUUGGAAGUUGUUUCCAUGAAGAAUCAGUAACUACUGCUCCCACUGCAGCUCUUGCUGGAGUGAUUUUGAAUUGAGUAGGAGAAAGUGUGGUUUGAGCAGAGCUUUUGGGUAUGUAUGUCUUUCAAAUCCCGUUGGAUUCAUGGCUAAUUAGGGAUGGGUUGGGAAAGGCAAAAGAGGGACAGUCCUUUUAAUGACUAAAGAUCAUUGGUAAUUGAAAUGCCCAGCAAUAUGCUUGAAUAAGCAUUAGUAGUCAAUUAAUAACAAAAAAAAAAAACUUUCCUAGACAUAAGAAGUACUGAAGUAUUUCAUACAACAGAUUUUACCAGCAGGUUAAUCUUUACUGCAGACAACUGUGUCCUGUACUAAAAACAUCAAGAUUCCUUGACUCAGAUCUUGACAGGACAUGGAAUAAUGCAAGAACGCUGAGAGUAAAUAUUCUAUACACUUAAACACAUAGUAACUUUUGGAAAAAAACAUGAGAGAUUGUUUACAGUAUAUGUUUGAAGUGUUCAAGGAAUAAAAGUAAUCUGUCAUGUGUGCACCCCUUGAAAAUAACCAGCUCCACUAGGCUUAUUUAUAUAUAAAUAUUUGAAUUUAGUAAAAUGUUCCUGUUUGUUUAAUAUCAUAAAUCAAUAUUAGUAUCUAUGGUCUACGUUCUGUUGCCUUUGGCACACGGACAGCCAACUGAAUGUUAGUUUUAUAGUACUGGAACUCCCUUUUGGGUUAAAAUGUUGACAUUUUCUUCUCUGCCCCUUUUCAGGGGAAAAACUAGUGCGAUAAAAGUGAAAUGUUCUCGCAUUUCAAAUGGCAAAGUUCUUCCACGGUUACUCAGGUUCAAGAUCUAACUGAAGGAAGCAUAUCUGAGAACAGAGUCUUUCCUUGGCAGGAGUCAUUCACUUACUUAAAUAGGUGAAACAAAACUAUAGGAUAGCCUACGUUACAUUGAACGAAAAAGACUGGUAGCUUGUCAGCCUUUUGAAUGUUUUCUGUGAAGCAGUCCUCUUGCAGGGCAUUGGUAUUUUCUAGGUUAAGGAUCAAAUGCUCACCUAUUUUCAUACCACUGGCAAUAAUGCCAUGAUGGUGCAGUCCUGAGUAGUCUACUAAGUAUAUCAUCGGGACUAUACAGAAGAGUAACAGUUCAAAGGAUCAAGCUGGAGAUUUUAUGAGAUGAUGACUGUAUCAUUGAAACUGUUAGAAAAGCUGGGCAAUUUUGAUUUAAUUCUCUUAUUCUCACUUAAUUCUCUUUAAUUCUCAUUCUCUCGCAUGAAAAUGUUCAAUGAACUACUUCCCUCUGGGAACUAAAUGAAAGCUGUUUACCAUCAGCUCUAUUUUUAAAGAAAAAAAUGUUUCAAACAAAGAAAAAAGGAAAUCCUGAUAUCAAUAGCAAAGCCCAAAACCACAAUGCUAUCUCCCACCCAUGCUGAAAAAUAUGUUUGCAAUAUGGCUUGCAGAGCUGCACAGCAGGGAGAGGGUGAAGAGAACUUAAGUCAGAAGUGACCGCCAAGUGGCUGAGCCAAGAGAAACCACAAUAAGAUACAGAUUAUAAAAUGAAGGAGGAACUUUCCACCCUCAACAGCCUUCUUUUUAGCUCUGGACUGGCAGAGAAAAUAAUUAGAACCAUUCCAAAAGUUAUUCCUAAGCUGGAAGGAAAACAAGGAGAUGUAUGUGCUAGACAGUGUAUAGUUAUCCUGUGUCUUUGUCUUUAAACAAUGCAAGUAAUUCUCCAUACUGACUUUCAACAUACUGUGGCCUACCUUCAAAACCAGUACUAGCUCAUUGACCUGGAUUUCUACUUUAGGUAGCCCAAGGGCAGAGAUAGAGGGAUAGAGGGGAGGAAAAAGGGGUAAGCAAUUACAGUAGUAUUUAUAUGAUAUCACAGGAUGAAUGUGUUUUAAGAAUUUCUUUGUAUUUUUUCUGCACAAUACAAAUACUGUAUUUUUGUGCUUCAUGUAGACUGGAGGGGUGCUGGUAUCGAACAAGGAGAUAUUCUCCAAAUAAAGAUUUUGCAUGAAUA